AUGGCAUCCAUGGUUCAUUUCUGCAGGGUCAGUGGCGAAGCCGCCUUCGCACCAAGACCACUCGGUCAGCUGAGGGUCUUGGCUUCGGAGUGUGGUAACAGCAUCACAGUGGGCCAGUAUGUGUAUUGGAGCAAUGUACAAGAUGGUGUUCCGCUGGGAGAUCUGGGAGAGGUGCUUUCGGCAGAUGGUUCCAAUCGCGUGGUUCGCUUUGCGAAGAAAGAAGUGAAAGACAAGGCGUGGAUGUUCAGGCUUGCAGAGAUUCAGAAAGAUGCAUUUGUGCACGCUACAACAAGUGGCAUACCACCUGAUGCAGUUGGAGUGGUGAAGGAUUUGAAAGACGGUCACUUGCUGGUUCACAUUGAGGGCAAUGGGCUGACGGAACACCGAACCAAUUUGCUGAACAGCUCCCUACAGCCUGGUUUACGAGUCCGCUGGACCAAGAGCGAUGAACAAAUCCCUCGUGGUCAUGUUGGAGAAGUCCUUGCGGACGUGAAUGCCUACAGCGAUGUGAAGGUGAAGUUUCCCUUCGGUGAGUUUCGACUGAGAUACUCCGAGAUGACGCAGGCGCCGCUCUCGGCGAUCCCCGAGGAGCCCUUGGCCAAGCUGAAGCGGAUCUUCAACGACUUCCGUGGUGGGCGACUUCCGGUGGAGGAUUUCGUGGACAUAUUGAAGCGGCUGGGCUUCGCCGAGACCGACGGCCUCGACUUGUCGAGCCAACUCCCUCGCGGCAAAGAUGGCACCUGCAGCGGGAAGGAUUUCAUUUCGUACCUCUUUCCACGCUGA